AUGCUCUUCGGUGUGAAAGACAUCACGAUACUGGCGCAUGGCUGCAAGGGGUGGGAGGCAGACAGUUACAAGUCCCUGCUGAUCCUGGGGAUCCUGGAGGACCACAACCACGAGGAGCUGUAGGAGAUCAGACAGGACCCCCUCAGACCUCUGGGAAAAUUUAAAGUGGCUGGAAAAGCCUUGCUGGAGGAAGAGAGAACCAAAUCUGCCAAUCUCAAUCUGGUGGAGGACAACCAUGCCAUCCAUAUGCCUGGGGAGAUCAAAGGCAAGGGCAGGGGCGUGGGGAGUGGUGUGCUGGCUCUCAGACGGGAUGUGGAAUUCCUAAGCAGCAGCCAGGUGCUGAGGGAGGAACCGUGCCCCCCAGCAGCAGGUCCCAGCGAGCUGCCCAGGCAGUGCUAUGUGCCCCUGCCCGGGAAGAACUCUGCAGCAGAGGUCACCACCAGGGUGGAUAUGGUGCCACCCUUGGACUUCCCCGAGGAGAACAAGGCAGCGGAUGGCAAGAGAGGCAAGAAGCACAAGAAAAUCGAGUGAUGGCACCAUGCCUCUGACAAGAAACUGUGA